GCGAAGGCGGUGUUUCGUGCAGAGUCCUGGAGAUGUAUAAAGCGCUCAGGGAGCGUCUGUGUAUGCUGUUGGAAACGGGUUUGGAAGAGGGUGAGGUUUAGGGGGGGCCGGGGAGAAUUAAGAAGAAACAAGUUGCAGACUUGGUCUCUAUUGCCAGACAAAGCAACCUGCUCUCUUCCUCAAAUUAAGUUCUCAAGAUGAUGCAGUCCACUAGUGAAUACGUGAACCCAAAGCAUUCCCUCCUUGAUGUCAUGAACAAGUUUAUUGCUGCCACCAACAACAUGGAUGAAACCGUCAUGGUCCCCACUCUCCUGCGAGAUGUACCUGUAGAAGCAGAUGGGGAGGAAUGUGACUCAGAACUCAACAACAAUGUGGGCAGUGCAGGAACGAGUAAACACCGGGACAUGUAUGAACGCUACCUCUUACUGAAGUCCAUCAGGAACGACAUUGAGUGGGGCUUGCUCAAGAGAGAGAUGAAUGGAGGAAUAAGCUUAAGGGAGCUGGAGUCCCGAGAAGGAGAAGAAGGCAAAGAUCUUGAAAGUCAGCUUCAUUACCACCUUCGCGGGCUCUUUGGAGUCCUUUCCAAAUUGACUAUUCAGGCUAACCACCUUACCACUCGCUACAAGCAGGAGAUUGGUGGUGGAAGUUUUACAAUUUGAGUUGAAAAAGACUAUAUAUGUAAGGUAUACAAGGUAUAUAUUUUUUUUUUCUUUGUUUGUGCACUGGACGGAUCUUUUCAGUGGACUGGAAGCACCUGUACAAUCUUGUGUGUAUGUGGGGUUUUUUUUUUUUUUAAUUGGAGUUGAGGUACUUUUGCCAAGGUUUCAGUGGUAUUUUGGAAGUAUACUUGCCUCUUGCAGGAAAAAGAUGGCUUUGAACACGUACAAACACUGAAGCACAGUAUUCACAUCUGAAGAGUAAUCUUUUUUUUUUUUUUUUUUUUUUUUUUUUGGGAGAAUGAUAAUUGCAUAUACUUGAAUGAAUACAUAGUCCGAAGUAAAUGCCACAAUGUUCUCAUCACUACUCCCACUUACUCCCCAUCUGUUAGGAGUGGUAUGGAAAUAUCAGCCUUUGGUUAUCAUCAUUGGUUGGGAAUGGCUAUGGGUAAUACAUCUUUCUCCCUGUCCCUAGUUAUUUUAAGGCCUCAAUGAAUAAUUAUUUAUGAGCUUGUGCUUUUUUAAAAAUUAAAAAAACUCCAUCUGUUUCUACAUUAAAGUAGUUUUUUAAAAAAAAAAAUGAGGAUAAGGCAGUUAUAACCUAAACUUUUUCAACCUCAGUAGUACCCUUGAAAAAAUAUUAAAGCAAAUGAGUGGUUACACAUGUUCUGAGAAAAAUAAAGAUGUAUUGUCCUGAAAAUGCUUUACCCACUGACAGAAACUUGUUUUGCCAGUGACUUUAACCAUAGUCUCUCUUUGCAUAAUUGACAUCUAUCUCCUCCAUAACAGUAAGAAGCCUUAAAACUUUGAAUAUCUGAAUGUGCACUGAUUAAUGUGACAUGAGUUUAACAUUGGCCUUUU